UCAUCCAAUCACAGCCCUCCAUUGCCUCCACCUCAUUGGCUCCUUCCCAUCAGCCACACAAUUUCCAGUAACAGAUAUUCCUAUCUCGUUCAGGAAAUCGCAGCUCUCUCUCUCUCAGUAAACUGAGCAGCAGCAAUGGCCGCUACAGCCUCUCCAAUGGCCAGUCAGCUGAAGAGCAGCUUUGCUGCUUCAUCGUCUUCCCUUAGGGGACUGAUCGCUCCUAGGGGCCUCUCCGGGUCUCCUCUCCGAGCAUUCCCCGGCAGGAGAAGCACCCGGUUCACCAUUAAAGCUGUUCAGGCAGACAAGCCAACUUUCCAGGUUGUCCAACCCAUCAAUGGAGACCCCUUCAUUGGGAGCCUGGAGACCCCAGUAACCUCGAGCCCGCUGAUCGCUUGGUACCUCUCCAACCUCCCAGCCUACCGGACUGCGGUCAGCCCACUGCUCCGGGGAGUCGAGGUGGGGCUGGCCCAUGGGUUCCUUCUUGUUGGCCCGUUCGUGAAGACUGGUCCGUUGAGGAACACCGAGUAUGCAGGAGCAGCAGGGUCGCUGGCUGCUGGAGGGCUUGUGGUCAUCUUGAGCAUCUGCUUGACAAUGUACGGGAUUGCCUCAUUCAAAGAAGGGGAGCCUUCAACCGCCCCUUCGCUGACCCUUACAGGGAGGAAGAAGGAGCCUGACCAGCUGCAGACUGCUGAUGGGUGGGCCAAGUUCAGCGGCGGGUUCUUCUUCGGAGGGAUCUCCGGUGUCGUUUGGGCCUACUUCCUUCUCUAUGUUCUCAACCUCCCUUACUUCGUAAAGUAGAGAAACUGUUGUAUUUCUCCCUCUUCUUCGGAGGGAUCUCCGUGGUGUCAUUUGGGCCUUCUUUCCUUCUCUAUGUUCUCAACCUCCCUUACUUCGUAAAGUAGAGAAACUGCUGUAUUUCUUCCUCGGAGCCUUCCGAUUAAGUUCGAGUAAAGCAUUUGUACCCCAUGCUGUC